GUCGGCGACUGCGCCGAGGGCUACGGGCGCUUCGACAUGCCCACGGGCGGCUCCUACGAGGGCGACUUCGCCGCCGGCAAGUCCCACGGCUUCGGCAUCCUGGAGUACCACACGGGCGCGAUCUACCGCGGCGCCUUCGUCGAGGGCCGGCGCGAGGGCUACGGGUCCUACGUCUUCGAGGACGGCGCGACCUUCGACGGCGAGUACGUCGGCGACCGCAUCUUCGGCUACGGCGCGAUCACGAAAAAGGACGCGGACGGCGCCGUCGAGCUCUACGAGGGCGAGGCGGCGGUCAACGCGGCCAUGGGCAUCGGCCGCUUCCGGUUCCGCGACGGCGCGACCUACGAGGGCGAG